CAAUGUCAAAAUAACACAAAUUGAACGACUCCUCUGACGACUCGUUCAUUAUAUUUGCCAAUUUAGGCACGUGUUGGUGUUGUUUUCAUUCUCUCGUCUUUUUUCCAUUGCUGCUCGAAAACUAGGUUUGGAAAAGGUGAAGAAAUACUGUUUCUCAAAAAUAUUACAGCUUCUGUCCAAACACAAGAUGUAUUUAAUGUAUCACCUGGAUCAGGACGGUAACAGAGUCUACACCUUAGAUAAAAAUGACCCCGCGGGAAAACCGACUGUUUCGGCUCACCCAGCACGUUUUUCGCCCGAGGACAAAUAUUCAAGACAGAGGAUCACGAUCAAAAAACGGUUUGGACUGUUACUAACGCAACAACCAGAGCCAGUUUAUUAAAUAAAGACGAUAUUACAUAUUUUAGCGUAAUUAAUGAUUUAAUUGUAAAUAUAGUGCAUUAAAAUACAAUUGUUUGGUAUA